AAAUUAAAUAAGUAGUGUAUGUAUCUGUUAUGGCUAUGUAUCAGACAAAUUGUGUUUUGUAGUCUGAGACAUGGUUGUAUAACAUGAUUACUUUAAGAAAUGUUGAGUAAAAGUGUCCGACUAUUGUGAUAGGUCUUACGGCCCCUUAAAAAAACAACAACAAACAAACAAAGAAAAACAAAACAAAAACAGAAACAGAAAUGUCCGAUGGAAUUGCUCUGGGUGAGUAGUCUCAAAUCUUUCUAUUAUUAAAAAAACAUUUACAUAAAGAAACAUAAUUUUUUGUGCAAUCUGCAGGUAAAUAGAUUUUUCAAAAAUUCUUUCUGUUUUUAAAUUAAAUUUCUGAAAUUAAACUUAAUGGAAUUUAAUAAAUCUCUUCCACAUUUAAAUAAAACGCAAUUAUAAUUAAAGUCAGUUAAUAUAUGGUCAUUGUUUGGCUGGUUAUUACAAUAAAAUCCUAUCGUUUGUAUAAGUUUCCAUAUUUUUUUUAAAUACAAAAUUUAGCAAUAUACAAUGUCAGAUAACAAUUUCUAAAAAAGAUAUAUAUAUUUUAGCUCCUUUCCGGCCCAACAUCUGGAACAGGCUUUUACAAGUGAUCCGUAAAUGCAAAGAUCGGUUUGCAGGUAAAGUGUAAGAUUGUUUCAUAACUCAUUCAUCCAUUGCACUGACAUUAAUGGCAUGUCCCGGUUUCUAUCAGUUACAUACACUUUAUAAGCACCACCGACAAGAGAGGACUCUGUACGUACCGCAGAGAAGAGACGACUCUAUAUGUACCACAGAGAAGAGACGACUCUAUACGUACCACAGGGAAGAGACGACUCUAUACGUACCACAGAGAAGAGACGACUCUAUAUGUACCACAGAGAAGAGACGACUCUAUAUGUACCACAGAGAAGAGACGACUCUAUACGCACCACCGCACCACAGAGAAGAGACGACUCUAUAUGUACCACAGAGAAGAGACGACUCUAUAUGUACCACGGGGAAGAGACGACUCUAUACGUACCACAGGGAAGAGACGACUCUAUAUGUACCACUGACAAGAGACGACUCUAUACGUACCACAGUGAAGAGACGACUCUAUAUGUACCACAGGGAAGAGACGACUCUAUAUGUACCACAGGGAAGAGACGACUCUAUAUGUACCACAGGGAAGAGACGACUCUAUAUGUACCACAGGGAAGAGACGACUCUAUAUGUACCACAGGGAAGAGACGACUCUAUACGUACCACAGGGAAGAGACGACUCUAUAUGUACCACGGGGAAGAGACGACUCUAUAUGUACCAGGGGGAAGAGACGACUCUAUAUGUACCACAGGGAAGAGACGACUCUAUAUGUACCACGGGGAAGAGACGACUCUAUACGUACCACAGGGAAGAGACGACUCUAUAUGUACCACAGGGAAGAGACGACUCUAUAUGUACCACAGGGAAGAGACGACUCUAUACGUAUCACAGGGAAGAGAUGACUCUAUAUGCACCACAGGGAAGAGACGACUCUAUAUGUACCACAGGGAAGAGACGACUCUGUGUAAGGGAAUAUUCUGAAGGAGGAAAAGAAAUGAAAAUAAGUAUGGUGUACCGUUGAGGAAAUAUUAGGACAACAUAUGUGGAGGCUCGAAUCAAAAGACAAGCAAUAAGAUAAGAAGUCCCUUAGGAGGCAGGACAUGUGAAAAUACGAGGAUCUUAGUGUUUAGGUUGGUGGGAGGAUAAAAGCUUAGAAAUUAAAGAAAUCCCACGAAGAAACAUGACCAUAAGUUGCAAUAUCAAUAUCAAUGAGCGUUAAGAUAUUUCGUGUCAUGAAUAAGUUCUCAAAUAAUAUAUUCUCAUCACACAUACUGUUUUUGCUAUAAGCUAUUUAAAAUCUUUUAAAACUGGUCUAUUUUAUUUUGUCAAUGUUUAGUUAUUGUUGAUAUUCUUAUAUAUUUCACAACUGCCUGUAAUAUAUAUAUAUAUAUAUAUAUACAUAUAUAUAUUUUAGCACUCCUGUGCAAGAUCGUGAACACACGCAGGAUUGAGUUUGAAGGUAGAGUAUUAGAACCAACGAUGCCACCUUUAUAAUUCUUAGCACUUUUUCUUCUUCUAUAUAUUAAGGGCCCACAAUCAAUUUAUUUAUCCAAAUGAUUCCGAUUGGACUCAGACGGAAUCUAACCGUAUUAUGUUUAUUAAUGUUUGAAAAUAUUCUCUGCACUUUCUUUUUUUGCGUAUGCAUUUUAAAAUGUUUACAACGGCGGUUCUUAACCUGGGUUCGAUCGAACCCCAGGGGUUCGGUGAGUCAGUCUCAGGGGUUCGGCGGAGGUCCAAAAAAAUCAGGAAUUUUUUUUUUUUUUUUUCCUAUUAAGGGAAGGGUUCGGGGAAUGCGCAUAUAAAACUGGGGGGGUUCGGUACCUCCAACGGGGUUAAGAACCACUGGUUUAAAAAACGGCGGUUCUUAACCUGGGUUCGAUCGAACCCCAGGGGUUCGGUGAGUCAGUCUCAGGGGUUCGGCGGAGGUCCAAAAAAAUCAGGAAUUUUUUUUUUUUUUUUUUCCUAUUAAGGGAAGGGUUCGGUGAAUGCGCAUAUGAAACUGGUGGGGUUCAGUACCUCCAACGAGGUUAAGAACCACUGGUUUAAAAUUAUUUUUUAAGCCUAUUAUUAACAUACUUUUUUUUUCAUUAUUAAAUUGUAUGGUCAAGCAGUGCACGAUUUCCAACAAUCUGCUCUAAAUAAUGUUUUUCCUUUCCUUACGUGCAAUUAAUUUUCAGGAAUAUGUUCAACUUCCGAAGUUGUGACAGGUGAUCAGGUGCAAGGAAGAGAUCACCUGUAACUGUGAUCACAAUAUAUUUUAAUCAGUUGCGAGAAAGAUAAUUAAAUUUUGAUGCCCGACUCGCUGAAAAUAAGCUUUGACCUUGAGGGCGCAAUGCUUUUGAAUGAUAUGUUGCGAAUCAGCUUACAUGGGGCCAAACUAUAGACUGGUUACUUGGGACCAAAUAUGGACUAGUUACAUGAGACCAAAGAUAUACUGGUUACAUGGGACCAAAGAUAAACUAGUUACAUGGGGCCAAAUUAUAGACUGGUAACAUGGGACCAAAGAUAGACUAGUUACAUGGGACCAAAUAUGGACUAGUUACAUGGGACCAAAUAUAGACUAGUUACAUGGGACCAAAUAUGGACUAGUUACAUGGGACCAAAGAUAUACUAGUUACAGGGUACCAAAAUAAGACUAGCUACAUGGAGAACUAAAUAUAGAUAAGAUAAGUUUCAUGGGACUAAAUAUAGACUUGCUUCAUGGGAAAAAUUAUAGACUAGUUACAUGGGACUAAAUAUAGACUAAUGACUUGGGACCAAAUAUAGUCAAUUUACAUGGGACCAAAUAUAGACUAGUUACAUGAGAUCAAAUAUAGUCUCGUUAUAUGGGACCAAAUAUUGACUAGUUAAAUGGAGGACCAAAUAUUGAAUAGCUACUUGUGACCAAAUACAGACUAAGUACAUGGACCAAAUAUAGACUAGUUACAUGGGGGGGCAAAAUAUAGACUAUUAGCAUGGGAUCAAAUAUAGACUCGUUACUUGGGACCGAAUAAAGACUAGUAACAUGGGGGACCAAAUAUAGAUAAGCUACAUGGGACCAAAUAUAGACUAGUUACGUAGGGAACCAAAUAUAGACUAGUUACUGUGACCAAAUACAGAGUAGAUACAGGAACCAAAUUUGGACUAGUUACUUGGGACCACAUAUAGACUAGCCACCCUCAUGCAGUAUGUUUGCUAAUGGUACUACCCAUACACGUGGUGUACUUUCUUUUCGUUUUCUUCCGUCUUGAGUCAUAGGAUUUCUAACGGGAUGUCCAAAUAAAUUCUCCAUUUGCUGUUGGGUCUUACACUGGGUUAUUGCUACGGUACUAACCAGUUUGUAUUAUUUCUUAAUUCUGGGUGUGCGUUCCAAAAUCAACAAUGAAUCAAAUUACAUGGCACCUCAGUAUAAAAUAGACUUAAAUAUUCUCAAUUACAUUUUAUAUAUCUGUGCUCAAAUCUUCCGUGCAAAAAUAAUAAUAAAAUAAUAAUUAAUUAAAAAAAAAAUUAUCAAUAAAGUAGUUUUUUUAAUCGCUCCAUUGAAUUGAUACAUUUUACAAAUAGACAUUCAAACCAAGCUUUUAUGAAUUAAAUAAUAACGAAAUCUUCACAAAAAGUCCGUCUGCAGAACAAAGAGAAAAAAAUAAAGACAACACCAUAUCCGGUUAUUAUUCGCAAUCAAUUCCAAAAUAAGAGAGGAAAAAAAAACAGGCACUUUGACCUAAGAGUCAAAAUCAAAUUCUAGAAUCAUUGUAAAAUAUCUAUUGAAAAUUUUUUAACUUCGCUAUUAUAAUUGCGUUUAAUUAUAAAACAACUUUUCGUAGAUUUUUUGUUUGUUUUUUUGUUUUACUUUUUCAACAGUGUCAGCUCUCAAAGAGUCCACAGAAGUAAUGGAAUGUGAUAAGAGAAAAGAUCAUAAUAAAUUUAUUCCAGCACAUUCGUUCAAGAUCGAUGAUCUCCCAAAAGAACACCGAAGUAAAGACCUCCACACGCUCAUCAUAUUGAUGGCGAAAUUGACCGGACGAAUAGAGGUGGAUGUUGAUUCCAACAAUUUCAAACAUGGAACCGGCUUUAUACAAAGGACUCGCCUACAGCGAGGUCAAUGCCCGUGCCACGAAUGCCAAGGCAGAAGUGGUCAAAAAGUUUUCGCCGUUUUAACCGUCACUACCGUUGUGCACGUUUUUCCUAAUACAAGAGAAAACAAUCAAUUCAAAAUAAACGGGAAACCAGAGGAUUUUACCAUGCUUUUAAACUAUAACACUGAGCCAGUUAAUGAAAGAGAUACAAUCUAUGGCUGGCAUUUACUAGAAACUGAUAAGGAUAUUAAUGAGCGGAUGGACUGGUGUUGCAUAGAGUUUGUGACCCACAAUUUGACGUUGGCGAAUGAAAUAAAAACUAAUUUAACCCAAUACCAGGAAAUGCAGCUAAAAGUUUAUGAUAAAGCCGUUAAGGAUAAGAAACUACUCAAGAAAGAUGUGGACCUAGUCGUAGUCGUUGGUCAUCCCCAUGGCGGCAUCAAAAAGGUUAGUGUUGGCAGGAAGGUCGGUGAGCCUGAUCCCUUAAAGGAACUCCGCGAUACACAGAGGUGGGGUUGUUACAAAUACGACACGCCAACGUGUCCUGGAAGUAGCGGGUCGCCGAUUUUAAUUCUCGGUCAGCCCAUUAGUGGAUUCGGAUACUGGUUCGGGCAUCCACAUAAUCAUUCCGGAAAUGACAAACACGGUUUCAAUAUCAGCUCAAUUGGUGUUGACUUCGUUGUAGAUGAUGAGAACCACCGUGAUCCGACUGGCUCUCUGUCACCCGCUCACUGCUCCGUCCUCUAGUGCAGAACUCAGCAACCUGGUGUUUGCCGCGAGACGAGUC